AAUUUCCCUCGGUGGCUUCAGUUCCUUUCCCCAAGAACGUUGCUCUCUUCUCCCCGCGGGUUCCGUCGCGCACUAAUUUUCUCCUGCAUUAACUUUCGCCGGCGAUUCUUCCGUACGUCUGCCGGAAUCCGAUGCUUCUUUACAAUCUGUUUCAUAGCGUCGACUGUGGAUUCUGGCGGUCUUAGAUUUACGUUCAUCGUUUUUUUUAUCUUCGCUGCUAAUAUUGAUGUAGUGUUCGGUAUUGUCCUAUCGUGAGUUUGAAUAGCUUCUAGUAGGGAUUGACUAUCAACCAAAGGCCAUACAGUAGUAGGACUGGAACUACAUUAGAGUAAUGGGAUCUUCAGAUGAUGAGGCUGAGAACUUGCCACUAUCUGUCUCAAAUUAUCACUUCGUGGAUCAUAUGGAUGAACCUAUUUCAUUCUCUAUUUUGCCGAUUCAAUGGGAUGAAGGGGAGAGAUUGGAGGGCAGUCAAGAACCUGUUUUCCUGCAUGGAACAGCCGAUGGUGGACUUCAAAAGGUUUAUAAACAGGUUACUGCAUGGAGGUUUAAUAUUUGCGGUUCAAAGCCAGAGAUAUCGGUGCUUUCUAAAGAAAAUGUGUGGAUUAAGCUUCAGAAACCUAGAAAGAGCUUUGAGGAUACCAUUAGAGCCAUCUUGAUCACAGUACAAUGCCUCCAUGCUUUGAAGAGGAAUCCAGAUACAUCUAGCAAAUCUUUGUGGGAUCUAUUAGCCAGAAUCUUCAGCUCGUAUGAAGUGAGGCCUUCACAGAAUGAUUUGGUGGAUCACAUGCCUCUAAUCAGUGAAGCAGUUAACAGGGAUGAUAUAUUGGCGAAGUCUCAGUUGUUACUUGCAUUCCUUGAAGAGAAGCCCGUUAAGAGAACGUCAUCUCUUGAGUUGUACUCUCAGGAUGGUCAACGUAAUGUGCAGCCUAGUUUUAUAGUUGAUGAUUCAGAUGAUGAAGACAUGGUUGAUGAUGCUGUUGAAGAGGAGAGUGAUGAUGAUGUCUUUGAUUCUGUCUGUGCAUUUUGUGAUAAUGGUGGCAACAUUAUAUGCUGUGAUGGGAGAUGCAUGAGGUCCUUUCAUGCAACUCCAGAGAAUGGUGAUUGUUUCUCGCUUGGUCUCUCUAGAGAAGAAGUAGAUGCAAUUGAAACCUUUAUUUGCAAGAAUUGCGAGUAUAAACAGCACCAGUGUUAUGCUUGUGGGAAUUUAGGUUCAUCCGAUCAGUCUUCUGGUGCUGAGGUCUUCCAAUGUGUAAAUGCAACUUGUGGUUAUUUUUAUCAUCCUAAAUGUAUUUCAAAAUUGCUUCAUCGGGAGAAUAAAGUUGCUGCUGGAGAACUUGAGAAGAAGAUUGCUUCUGGAGAAUCUUUCUCAUGCCCUGUGCAUAAGUGCUCUGUUUGUAAACUCGGCGAAAAUAAAAAAGUAUGGGAAUUACAGUUUGCUGUUUGCCGACGUUGUCCCAAGUCAUAUCAUAGAAAAUGCUUGCCAAGGAUGAUCACAUUUGAAGAUUCAGAGGAUGGCGAAACCCCAACCAGGGCAUGGGAAAAGCUAUUGCCCAAUCGCAUAUUGAUAUAUUGCUUAGACCAUGAGAUUGAUGAAGAAAUUGAGACUCCAGCGAGAGACCAUAUCAAAUUCCCUGGUCUUGAAGAGAGUAGGAUUCAUAUUCAGAAAAAGAAACUUCCUACUGGUGAUACAACACAAGGGAAGACAAUAGGCUUUCGUCGGAUUGGGGAGAAUGUUGCAUCGAAAAAGGAAAGUAUGUCAGAUGACCUUCAGGGAAAGUCUGCUGCAAAAGUAUCCAAAUCAUUUGAGAGGUCCUCAUUUGAUGGGAAGGUUGUUGGCAAAAUGGCUGAGAAAUCAUUGUUGGGUUCUGAGUCUAGAAAAGUGAAAUUGGGUAAUGUUUCAAGAAAGUCUUUCAAUCAAAAUGGAGAAGCUGUCCUCAUGGACAUUGACAAGACUAUCAAAUUGAAAAAAUCCUCCUUAGUUGGCAAGGCUGCCAUGCCAACCAAGAGACCUGAUCAAAAUAAGGCUCCCAAGGAGGAUAGGAGUGAACUGGGAAAGUUUGAUGCCUCUAAGCCUCUGACAAAGAGGUUGAACAGUGGGAUGUACCUAUUAGAUGCCGAUUCAGAGAGGAGGUUAAUGGAUUUGAUGAAAAAUGUUUCAUCUUCAAUUACUUUGGAGGACGUAAUUCGGAAGCACAAAGUUCCAUCUACUCAUGCAUAUUCUUUAAAAAAUGUAGUGGACAAGACAAUUAAAAUGGGGAAGUUGGAAGGCUCAGUUGUGGCUGUUCGAGCUGCUCUACUCAAACUUGAAGAAGGAUGUUGCAUUGAGGAUGCAGAAGCUGUUUGUGAGCCUGAAGUUCUUAAUCACAUAUUUAAGUGGAAGAACAAACUCAAGGUAUAUCUUGCACCAUUUCUUUAUGGCAUGCGCUACUCCUCCUUUGGUCGUCAUUUUACAAAAGUUGAGAAACUUGUGGAGAUUGUUGAUAGGCUUCAUUGGUACAUAGAGAAAGGCGAUACAAUAGUGGAUUUCUGCUGCGGUGCAAAUGAUUUUAGUGUUUUAAUGAAGAAAAAACUUGAUGAGAUUGGUAAACGAUGCUCGUACAGGAACUUUGACUUUAUUCCGCCGAAGAAUGAUUUCAAUUUUGAAAAACGGGAUUGGAUGACUGUGCAACCCAAGGAAUUGCCUAAAGGAUCCCAAUUGAUCAUGGGGCUAAAUCCUCCAUUUGGAGUUAAGGCUGCUUUGGCAAACAAGUUCAUAGAUAAAGCUCUUGAGUUUAAUCCAAAGCUCCUUAUUCUUAUUGUUCCUCCUGAAACAGAGAGGUUGGAUAGAAAAAAGACUCCUUAUGACCUGGUUUGGGAGGAUAAUGAGUUUUUGUCAGGAAAGUCAUUUUAUCUUCCCGGAUCUGUCAAUGCCAAAGACAAGCAGAUGGAUCAGUGGAAUGUCCGGCCACCUGUGCUCUAUUUGUGGAGUCGUCGUGACUGGACUGAUAAACAUACAGCCAUAGCCCGAGAGCAUGAACAUCUCUCGCCAAGGAAACAAGAGGAAUCAGAAAAAGGGAAGACUGCUGAUACUUCAAGGGUGAAGCAACCUGAGGAGUCUGAAAAGGGAAAGAGUUCUGAUUUGUCAAGGCUCAGGCAACAAGAGGAUUCAGGAAUGGGAAAAGGUUCCGAUGUGCCGAGGCCUAAGCAAUUGGAGUCAGAAAAAGGCCAAAGCUCCAAAACUUCGGCUGAUGAUAUUCAUCUCCAUGAAACAUUCCUGAUGAAAGAAUCUACAAUACUAGCAGCAGAUGAACCAGAAGAUUCGAAGAGUGGAUCGAUUGUCUCUGAAGUUCAUAAAAAUGGGUCCACGAAAACAUCGAAGAGGGAUAGUGACAGAGAGAGUCAUGACAGUCGAGACGUCCGUCCUAAUCUGUCUCCUGAGGCUCCAAGGAAGAAGAGGCAGCGUUUUGAAGAAAUACCUAGAAGAGGCGAUGGCGAGACAUCAGAAGAGAGCAGACGUGAUGGUAAAAGGCCUUUAAAUGAGAUUAAUCAGAGACCUCAUGCUUCUCCAAAUGUGAGUGAUCAUAUAUCCUAUAAGUCUGUUGAGAGGCCUUCAUAUGCUGAUGCGGGAGGGAUUGAACGUCAGCAGUCUGGGUUGACCAUGCCUGACCCGAAUACCAACUUUGGAGCUCCUUACGAUGCACAAACCAGCUUAACUGAUGACAUUGCCAGAAAGUACAACCUCAAUGCUGAGGAGUCUUUUUCAAUUGGGACCACUGGAUGGUCAAACAAUGCAAGUCCGAUUUAUGAUAUUGGUUCUAGACACAUCGAGGAACAACGUAACGUGGAUCAAAUGGGAGGACAUGUUGAUGGCCUUAAUUAUAAACCAUACGCCACUGGGGUUGGCACGUACAUGAGGGACUCCGAAAUACGGCCACAUAUUCGUCAUUACGGGCACCCAGAUACUGACAAUUUAAGAAGCAAUUACCAAACUGGACCUGAUCCCAGGUAUAGCAGGAUUGGGGCAUUCCCAUCUACUUAUGGGCAUCUGAGUACAUUUCCUGAACCAUCUCACUGGAUGAACACUUCAGCAACGCAACGAUAUGCACCUCGCCUCGAUGAGUUGAACCACACUAGAUUGGGAGGAAUGGGUGCUGGCCAUCAGAUGAACGGCAGCAGCACUUUCGACCCUAGAGAACGCCUAUCCUCUGGUUUCAGGGGUGCGCCACAGGGCUUUGCACCUGGUCCUCAAUACCCGUAUUCGAACCAGAAUUCAGCGGGUUGGCUUAAUGAGUAGUACAAUAAUCUAACUCUUGCUUGGCCUCAUGGAACUGUUGCUUUUUGGCUAACCAAACCACAUUACUUGAUGGAUAAACUGAAAUGAUCUUGUGUAUGUAAGUAGUAAAUUUAGCUUUUAAAAAUAGCCUUACUGACGGCGAUGAUCUGUGUAAGUAUGUAAUAUGUUCAUUGUUUCAAGUAAAAUGACUAUCUCGAAAUCUGCUCAA